AGCUGCAUCCCCUUCUCCCACUCUUUAGAGACUCACUUCAGCAACUCUUCAGCAAGCACGGCAGCUGUAUUACAAGCAUUUACUGCGCUUCUGGGAGAACUUAACACGCAGCAUUGAAGAUUCCUGGCCAUUUGUUCACAUGUGUCCGAGAGGAGAUGAAGGCAAUUGGAUUUUUCAUAACUUGGCUUUGGUUGGCCACCCUUUGUUUUCCUCUUUCUCAUUGUAUGGCAGUCACUGACAAUACAGUGAGGCUGAGGCAAACACUUGCCUAUCCUAAGAUGCUGCUAAGCCCAUCAACCAUGCCAGUGUUGGAGCAAGAUAAUACGUGGUGUCCGCUGUUGAACACAGAAGGAUAUCAGAUUAGCCGCCUCGACAAGGAAAAUGUUGAUAUUUCAGGUUUUGAUUUAGCGGAAAGCUUCUCUUUGAGGCAGAUUUCAUGUGGAGUUGGAAAACCCUGUUUUAAAUUGGGGAGUGUGCCUCUUAUCAGAAACUUUCAGCAAGUGUUUCCAAAUGGGUUCCCAAAAGAAUAUUCAUUAACAGCCACAUUCCGUCUUAGACGAAACAGCAAGAAAGAACGGUGGUAUUUGUUACAAUUUUUAGAUCAGCGCAACAUGCCACAGAUUUAUGUCGCCAUUGAUGGUUCCAAAAAAGUUGUGGAGUAUGUUGCACAAUCUCCCCAGGGGACUUCAUUGCGCUACACUUUUAAAAGCCGUGAGAUCCUUCCUCUCUUUGAUCGACAAUGGCAUAGGCUUGGCAUCAGUGUACAAUCAAGGAUAAUUUCUUUGUAUGUGGACUGCAGCUUAAUUGAGCAGAGACAAACAGAUCCAAAAGCCAGUCCUGACUUUCAAGGAAGGCUUCUUAUUGCGACUCGUUCCUUAGAUGGCAAGCCAGUAGAUAUUGAACUUGGCCACAUGGUAAUAUAUUGCAAUCCCCAACAUGCUGCUCAGGAGACUUGUUGUGAAUUAUCUGAAAACAUGUGUCCUCUGGAAGAACACCUGAAAACUACUGCAGCAUCACCAUCAACUGUUCAUGUGAGUGAAAUACAUGCACUUCCAAUAAUGGAACAAAAACCUGAAGAGAAGUGUUUUUGCUAUCCAAACAAGGGAGAAGCAGGAUUGCCAGGAGCAGCUGGCUUGCCAGGUCAAAAAGGAGAAAAGGGUGAAGGAGGUUCAAAAGGAGAAAAUGGAAUUCCUGGGUUUCCUGGAGAAAAGGGAGAAAAUGGUCUGAUUGGUGUUCCUGGUAUCUCUGGUGAUAGUGGAGAAAAGGGUGAACGUGGUUUUCAGGGGGAUAAAGGAGAAACAGGUGAAAAGGGUGAAAAAGGAGACCAAGGAGAGAAAGGAACAGACGGCAUUCCCGGAAGAGAUGGCUUAAAAGGAGAUGCCGGUGAUCAUGGGAUGCCUGGUCCAAAGGGUGAAAAGGGCGAAAUAGGGCCUCCAGGACCAGCUGCCCUUAGCGAAAUGCUAGGGAUAGAAGGUCCUCAAGGCCCACCUGGGAAAGAAGGUCAAAGGGGACGACGAGGCAAACCAGGACUACCUGGGAAACAAGGACCACCAGGACCUCCUGGCCUCCCAGGUGUGCCAGGACAUCCAGAUUCCUUAAAAGGGCCAUAUUACCAGGGAGAUGCCUCUGAAAAAGGAGAAAAGGGGGACCCAGGUGAAUCUGGACAGCUUGGUCUUCCUGGGUCCAUUGGAAGUCCUGGACUACAAGGACCACCAGGACCAGCUGGCCCCAGAGGAGAGCCAGGAGAAGCUGGUUUACCAGGAAACCAUGGAACACCUGGAAACCCGGGAAUUAAAGGAGAAAAGGGGGAAACGGGUGGAAUUAUAGGUCCCCCUGGACCUCCAGGUUCUAAAGGUGACACAGGCCCUCCAGGAUCAAGCCUCCCAGGAAAACCAGGACCAGCUGGGUCUGCUGGAACACCAGGUCCACGUGGACCUAAGGGAGAAAGAGGACUACCUGGCGUACAAGGGGCCCCUGGAGAAAUGGGUCCAGUAGGAAUUGGAAUCCAAGGCUCCCCUGGUAUCAAAGGACCUAAUGGGGAACAAGGGGUCCAGGGCCCAAGAGGACCUCCUGGAUUACCAGGAACUCCGGGAGCCCCAGGUAUUGAUGGUAUUCCAGGACGUGAUGGAAAGCCAGGACUUCCGGGCCCUCCAGGUGAUCCAGUUGCUCUUCCUCUCCUUGGAGACAUGGGUGCCUUAUUAAAGGGUGAUCCUGGACCAAGAGGUCCCCCAGGUGUUCCAGGCAGAGAAGGACCAAAGGGAAGCAAAGGUGAACGUGGAUUUUCUGGGCUUCCUGGAGAAAAGGGUGAUGAGGGUCUUCAAGGGAUUCCAGGACUCCCUGGUGUUUUAGGUCCUCCGGGAUCUUCUGGGGCAAUAGGAAGACCUGGACAUCCAGGUCCACCAGGAACAAAAGGAGAAAAGGGAUCUGAAGGCGCUCCUGGAAAACCUGGACCCCCUGGACCAACAGGUGUGCCAUAUAAUGAAAGAAAUGGCAUGAGUAGCCUCUACAAACUGCAGGGAAGCACCAAUGUUGCUGGUCCACCUGGAGCUCCUGGCCCCAAAGGUGACACUGGAGCAGUGGGCGAACCAGGUCCAAUGGGACUACCAGGCCUGGAGGGACUUCCAGGAGAGAAGGGAGAUCGUGGCCCUGCAGGUCCUCCAGGAAUACCAGGAAUACCUGGAAAGCCUGGUGCUCCAGGGCCAGCAGGGAUUCCUGGAGAACCAGGUGAAAGGGGCCCUGUCGGAGACAUUGGCUUCCCUGGGCCAGAAGGACCAACUGGAAUACCAGGCAUAAAUGGGAAGGAUGGAUUGCCUGGUCCUCAGGGUUUAAUGGGAAGAUCUGGUGACAGAGGCCCCAAAGGAGAACGAGGGGAUCAAGGCAUCCCAGGAGACAGGGGGCCACAAGGUGAAAGAGGAAAACAUGGCUUACCAGGAGAUAAAGGAUCUCUAGGACCUGUGGGGCCACCCGGGGAGAAGGGCAGCCUUGGAGCCCCAGGUCCUCAGGGCCAUCCAGGUGUUCCAGGCUCACCGGUUGAUUCCGUUUCAUUUGAAGAAAUGAAAAAAUAUAUCAGACAAGAGGUUCUAAGAAUUUUUGAAGAGAGAAUGGCUCAGUUUGUAUCUCAGCUCAAGCUGCCAGCUGCCAUGUUAGCUUCCCAAGCUCAUGGGAAACCAGGUCUUCCAGGAAAAGACGGGUUACCUGGACCACCUGGACAACCUGGACCUCCAGGCUACAGAGGACAAAAAGGUGAAAGAGGAGAGCCUGGAAUUGGGUUGCCAGGUGAACCUGGUCCACCUGGCCCGACAGGCAUAGGUAUACCAGGUCCACCAGGAUCUUCAGGAGCACCAGGUUCACAAGGUCCUUCUGGACCAACUGGAAGGUGUAACCCAGCUGACUGCUAUUAUCACACUUCUCCAACUCGACCACGGACAUCCAGGAAAUGAAAAUCUUCUCCAUAAUGACGUUUUAAUUCCUGUUUUAGCCCUUCCUCACCCAUUCCCUCUA